GUGUGUGUGUCUCUGUGUGUGGAUGUCUGUGAGAGGAAAGGGAAUGUGGCAUGCCGAUUUUAUAGGAAGAAUUAAAUGUUAUGAACAGCACGAAAAUCGAGAGGGGGGAAAAGAAAAGCAGAGAGAGAGAGUAAAGUAAAGAGCAAGAAAAGUAUACAACUGUCAGUUUCCAGACGAACUGCACAUUAGAGAGGAUAUGAAGAUCCUGGUUUCUAAAAAGAGAAUUUGAGAAAGCAAGAGAGAAAGAGAAACAGUGACUUAAGACUGUCAAAAACAAAAAAAACAGUCAUCCCAAGCAACGACUUCUAAUACUGUCAAGAUGACAACACGCUCUCCACGUUUCAAGCUCCACGCGUCUCUGUUUUCUUCUCCUCCUCCUUGUUUCUUCCAGGGAGAAAAAGCUCCAACAGGAACUGACCAAGAUCAGUGAUCGCUCCAGACGUCUGGCGAGAGAUUGGUGGAAGCGAAUGGCUUUCUCCUCCCUCUUGUGGGGUUCUUGCAUCAUCUCUCCAACCGCUUCACUGAAGGAAAAGCGCAAAUUGGUUGCUGAACCAAUUAGGGACGCUUAUUGUAGAGGAGCUCCUCCGUUCUGACAGCUGAACAUUUGAUAUAUCAACAGAACUGAAGUACUAGUCUAGAGGCUUCAAACUUGGAUUCAUUUAUAUCUCACCUUGGAUAAUUAUUUAAUACAGAGUGUAUUUUUCUGUAGGUCCCUUUAAUAGACCUCUUCAGUGCUGGAAUUGUGUUUGAUUGCAUUGCAUUGGACCAUAGAGAAGUUGACCCCUGGAGACACAUGACCUUGACGUCCUGGCUGGCUUGAGAACAGAGCUAGCUGUGUCAGAGGGUGAGCUCACCACACGACGGGGAGAGUGGGUAACUGGCCGCUCCAUCGCCACAGACGAACCAUACCAACACGGAGUGACACAAGGCCAGAGGAGAACAAGAGGAGAAUCAUCCAGCAGGACCUGUAUCUGGUUUUGUGCUUUCCGUGGGCCGUAAUAAUAAGGCUCUAUGGGCUAGCAGAGGGAUCUGGCCAUGCCUGUUGCCGUUCGUGAGAGAAGCUGGGAGGAUCAUGUGACCCCACGCACAGGAUUAAAGUACAGCUAUGAUGACCUAGACUUGGUCUGCUGCCAUGUGCGGUACCAGCGUGGCAGGUGUGCCUCGAUGCCUGAGUGUGGUCCUCACCAGACUUGGACUUUAUCCUGCCCUGAAAAUGAUACUGGAGAUGAAAUGAGAAGGAUUGAGAGUAUAGUGCAGAAGUUUCAGGGUGGAUCUCAACCUAACUGCGAUGGUGCAAAGGGCCGAUCGUUGAUGCCUGGAGACACUGUCAAUGAGACGGCACAGCACAAGAGUGACCAAGAUAGCAGGCUACCUUCAGACAACGUGGCAGAUCAAGAUGAAUUGCAGUGUUCUGCUUCGGGAAAUUUGCAAGCUCACAAUGGUCAUCCAGAUAAUAAGGAACUAAACAAGGAUAAAGUAUCUGCUCCCCAUAGCCUGACACUUUCUGUGCCUACUACCACAGCAUUGGCUCAAAUGGAGGAAACGGAUGAUUUAUCAAAUGUGUUGAAGGACAGUAUCUCCUUAAACAACUCUGUCAAAGUUGACUGUUCUGAACUGCCUUAUCCCAAAAGUGGAACUUCUGUAGAAAAUACAGAAUCAUUGAUAAAGGUCACUGUGAGUAGUCAGAUGUUACGUGUCACAAGCGGGAUCACAGAUAUUACAAAUAAACCUCCCACCUCUGACUCACAACAGAAAUCUGCAGAUCCACACAUUAUUGAGGAAGAACAAUGUUGUGAAAUGUCUGAACAGACUAUAUUAACAUCUGGCAAAGUUGAAUGCUCAUACACAGAUGAAACUACGAUCCCAAACUUUUUGUCAUCAUCAACUUCUCAAGAAACUCAUCACAUUCCAGAAGCUAGCUUAGAUGCUAAUAAAGCAAGUCUAGUGUGCAAACAACACAUAGUGACUCAAGGUCUACAAGACAAUGAAAAUCAGGAGGGCCAUGGCAUUUUUAAAAGUUUUGAUCAUGUGAUGUUAAAAGUUGGAAGUUUUAAAACACCUGCUUGUGAAACUUCUCAACCGGAACCAUCUGGAAAAAUUGACACCAUGGAAACAUGGCAUGAUUGUUCCUCAAAACUCCAGACCAUUCAUGAGGGGUCUUUUCCUGAAUCAGGAGAUGAUGCUUCUACUCAAAUAUCAGCAGAGAUGCCAGAACAUUCAGCAUUUACAGACUUAAACACUAAUAACUGUGAGAAUUCAGAUGAUCAAAACUCAAGGCUAAAGGAGCCAACUAAAGGAGAACCUCAACCCGAGGGACUCUAUGAGGAACAUCAGGCAAAUCAAAAUACAAAUUCAGCUAAAGACCCUGAGAUUGUCCCAAAAGCAGAAAUUCCCCUUGUCAAGCUUCGUACAAGGAAGAGCUCACGGGAGGAGAGGGAGAAGGAAAGGUCACGUUUGGACUCCAUGGUUCUGUUGAUAAUGAAGCUGGAUCAGUUGGACAAAGAGAUUGAAAAUGCUCUAAGCUCCUCCCUCAAUGGCACUCCCAAUUUAAAGAGGCGGAUCAUCUCUGAAGUUGAUUUAGAAAUGCUGGAUUCAGCAGGAAGUCUUUCAGCAUCCUCCCAGUCUCUAAACACCCCACUUUACCGCUCUUCAUCAUCACUGUCCUCAUCAGGACCCUCUGGAACUUCUGGGGCUAGACCAAAAAAUGAGACCUCUGCUGUACUUUCUGAGAAAGACAGAGCAGAAAUUGAGGCGAAGGAGGCAUGUACAUGGCUGAGAGCUGCAGGUUUUCCACAGUAUGCUCAGCUUUAUGAAGAUGGUCAGUUUCCAAUUGAGAUCUCCUCAGUUACCAGAGAUCAUGACUUCUUAGAUCAAGAUGCUAUAGAAGCCUUGUUCAGGAGACUGAACACCCUAAACAAGUGCGCUCUUAUGAGAUUAGAGAUCACCCCUCAAAGAAAGAGAAGUGAAGACUCUGAUGAGGAUGAACCAUGUGCCAUAAGUGGCCGUUGGACUUUCCAGCGGGACAGCAAGCGUUGGUCUCGCCUGGACCAGCUGGACCUAGAUGUAUUCUCCCCUCAAGAUGGAGACACUGGCUCCUUCACUCCCUUCCUUUCCCAAGAUGAGCGUUUUGCCAGAGGACCCCUUCUAAAGGAGGGAGUUAAUGCUAGUGCUGAGAGCAUUUUAACAGAUCUUAGUGAACAGCCAGAGGUUGGCUCUCUGCACAGCGCUGGUAGUGGAGGUCGAGGAGGAUCCCUGAGUACCACCGUACCAUCCAGCCCUGCAACAACCAUCUCCAAUGUUAACACAGCCACCACAACCAGGGCGAGCUCAGUUGCUAGCGUUUGCUCCUCUGGAACGUCAGGUGCUAAUGAAGACUCCCUCUCUGACGGGCUUCCAUCGCCACUGGAACGUGGUACCUUUGCAUUUGAUGUAAAACCAAGCUUGAUAAGCAGUGGUGCUGAAAAAAGCACACGUUCAAGAGCAAAGAGCUUCUUGAAGCGCAUGGAAAGCUUGCGGCUACGCACCAGCAGCAAUGCAGCCUCCAAGCGCAAGAAGAAGGGUGUAGCUGGGCAAGGUAGGCUAGAGAUCAGUGGGCCAGUGCUGAAGGAGGGUCUUGACGAAGACAAACUGCGACGCCUCAACUGUGUGGACAUUGCAACUCUGGAUCGCAAUGCAAACCGAAACAUCUCCUAUUCAACGCAGACAAGCAGUGGGAGUGCAGGUAGUAGCCAGUCAGAGGCCAGCAGUGGGAGUGCUGUAAGUACACCUAGUCCGGUCUCAAGAGCACGUAGUCAUAGCGCAGCAGCUGUGUCCACAAAGAGAGGUGGUAUGUACCUGGAAGGCUUUGACCUAUUCAAUUUCGUUGUGCUGCAACCUUCGGAAGACCAAGAAGGAAAGCAGAUCCACCAGACCCAAAGUAAGAGGAUAGAGCCCAGCUCAACUGCAGAGAACAAUCGACGCAACCGUCAUAGUUCAGAUAAUAGAAGAAUGGAAAUAGAAGAGAGUCGAGAAGAGGAAGGGGGUGUGAUCUUCUUUUAUUUGCCUGAAGGCCACAAGCCUGGCACUUUUCCUAAAGCACUUGCAGAUGGAGGAUCCUAUCGUAGUGGUGACAACAACUUAAGUCGUCGCCCACCCCGGAGGGGCUCUGCCACCUCACUAGACAGUCGAUUAAGUAUCUAUGAUAAUGUUCCUUUCUCAGAAGUAGGAGAUGAUGAAGAUGAAGCAGAAGGAGAGGAGGAGCCAAAACUUGAGGACGUGUUGGAGCGGGUCAGUGGCCUGCAGCAAUUGGUCAAUGCCUGGUCAGAAACAGGAACUGGGGAAGAAGAGGAGGAUGAAGAGGAAGAGGAAGGUGAUUCAGAUUCGGCCCUUGAUUCUGCAUCUCCUUGUCCAUCAUCCCCACUGCAGAACCACUUAGAAGAAACUGAGAACGGCAGUGACCAGGACAGCACUGGAAACCCGCUAACAGAAAGGGAUGAGACACUCCGCUCACGUGAAAGGUGUGACUCUGGCGUAGGAGCAUCACUUACACGAGCCAACAGACCUCAGAAACUGCGCUGGCCAAGUUUCCAGAUCUCCCACAGGCCAAGUCUGUCGUCAACAGUGCUACAAGUUGGAUGUCAGUCAGUUUUGCAGAUGAACCUCCUCCAGAAAUACAGCUUACUCAAACUCACUGCUCUACUUGAGAGAUACACACCCACCAACAAGCAUGGCUUCAGCUGGGCUGUUCCCAAGUUUAUGAAGCGGAUCAAGGUUCGAGACUAUAAAGACAGGAGUGUGUUUGGUGUUCCACUGCAGGUGAUAGUUCAAAGGAGCGGACAACCCCUGCCUCAGAGUAUUCAGCAAGCCAUGCGUUACCUAAGGAGCCAAUGCCUCGACCAGGUGGGUUUGUUUAGGAAAUCAGGGGUGAAGUCACGUAUCCAAGCCCUUCGCCAAAUGAACGAAUCAUGUGGCGCUGGUGGGGGCGGAGUCAACUACGAGGGCCAAUCAGCUUAUGACGUGGCCGACAUGCUAAAGCAGUAUUUCCGAGACCUUCCAGAGCCUCUGCUUACCAGCAAACUCUCUGAUACCUUUCUGCAAAUAUAUCAAUAUGUUCCCAAAGAGCAGCGUCUGCAGGCGGUGAGGGCCGCCGUGUUGCUUUUACCGGAUGAGAACCGUGAAGCCCUUCAGUCUUUAUUGUGCUUCCUGAGUGAUGUAACAGCCAGCGUGGGUGAAAACCAAAUGACCUGCACUAACCUGGCUGUGUGUUUGGCACCCUCUCUCUUCCACCUCAACACACUGCGGAGAGAGAGCUCCUCACCCAGGGUCAUGAACAGAAAGAACACCUUGGGGAAACCGGACCAAAGAGACUUGAACGAGAACCUGGCGGCCACACAUGGCUUAGCACACAUGAUACAGGAGUGCAGAAAACUCUUCUUGAUCCCAGAAGAGAUGUCAUGCUGUCGAAACUCUUACGUGGAGCAGGGCUUGAGUCCCAUGCGGAUGGAGGUGUUAGUGGAAGACUGUGGUUCCUGUAGCUACCAAAGUCUGCUCAAAGACAGUAUUGAUGCCCUGCUUAAAGAAGCCAAGGACAAAUUCAAAGGUUAUGACAGCUGCUCGACUCCCGAGAACGCUGAACUUGCAUAUAAAAAGGUUCAGGACGGGUCUUCUUUACGGCAGUGGAAAGUGUGCGUGGAUGUGCCUGCGCCGGCUGAGGACGUCUUGCAGCGGAUUCUGCGGGAGCAGGAACACUGGGAUGAGGACCUGUUAGAGUGCAGGACUGUGGAGACACUAGAGCAUAACACAGAAGUCUAUCAGUACGUCAGGAACUCCAUGGCUCCCCAUCCGCCAAGAGACCACGUGGUGCUCAGGUCGUGGGUGACAGACUUGCCCAAGGGAGUGUGUGCUUUGGUGUGUGUGUCGGUGGAACAUGAGAGUGCAGCGGUGCUGGGUGUUCGUGCUAACGUUCUGACCUCUCGCUAUUACAUCGAACCCUGCGGACCCAACAAGAGCCGUCUCACACACAUAUCCAGAAUAGACUGCAGGGGUCGUUGCCCUGAAUGGUACAAUAAGCUGUAUGGCCACCUGUGUGCUGCAGAGGUGGUGAGGAUACGAGACUCCUUUACCUGCCUGGACAAAUGAACAAACACACACAUACACACAUACAUCCAGUGUGCACUUUGACGUUUCAUUUCACCUCUCAACAAACUCUUAUAUCAGAGAGGAAGAUGAUGAUUUUAAACUCCCUUAACAUACGAUCUGAGCCCUUAGAUAAUAUGGACUGACAACUGUGCCGAAAUCAACAAGCUACAUAGGUCAAAGGUCUUGCCAUUUUGAUUGCCAUCAAAUGACAAGCCUGAAAGACUGGAAAUAGGCGUUCCUGCUGCUAUGACAUCAUCAUCCUUGACGUCACAACGGUUGACCUUGUUACUGAAUAUGUCAUAGGGUGACUACACAGAAUGGGAGGUGCUUUUGCUUCUGAGAAGCAAGUAUGUGUGUGUAUUUUUGAAUGACUGUGGAAGUGAGCAUGUGUAUAGUGUGUCUGAUGUUUAUGUGUGUGUAUUAUUAACAAAUGAAACAUAUUCCAUGCACUGGCACCCGCUGCAAUACAGUGUUUAUACCUAUUCCUGUGUGCGUCACUGUUACAUAGUAUCUGCAAAGCUGUGUACAGUGCUUUCGUUAUAGAAAAUGGACGGAUGGACAUGUUUGUCUAUAGACAAGACAGAAGGUGGUGGCUGGCACACCUUUGAAAGGAAGACAGGAAAUGUGUGAUAGAGGAAAAGACAAGUGCAUGUAGACAGCACAGAGGGUUCCGACAGCACCAAAACCAAAGCUGAGACCAAUACAACGAAGGACCAAUUCUUCAAAGCAAAGCCAUCCCAGGAUUCCACAGACUCCAAAGAAGAACAUACAGUUUACUCACCCCGAGGCCUGUGAUUGGCCGAGAUCAGUGCUGCAAACCAAUAAAGUUCAUGUGAGCUCAACGGUCUUGGCCAUUUAACAUCUCGAGCCCUGGGAACAGAUUGUUACGAAAAACUGAAAGGAUAGGAAAAGCUUUUUGUUUGGGUUGGAUGUUCAGGUUUGAUUAUAUGGGCUACCAAGCCAGCAAUUUCGUCAGAGGAUGGUAGAGAAUGUAUGAGGAAAAAUGAUGUCUGUUUGUUUGUCAGUGUUAACCAGAAAUGAAGUAAAAGUCUAAAAUAGUAACAAAGCUUGUAUUUACACUUAAAUAUAACCAGGCCUGCGGUCACACAGCAGAUCAGAGUAGGAGCGCUCAAAUCACCCAACAGAGUUCUUUCUGACGUGAUGGUUCGGAUGAGUCCAGUAUUCCUACUGAGGUGCUUUAUGACUGUCAGUCCUGGGUUUGAUGUCUUGAUGUAUUACUACUUACGUGCCUGUCCACGGCGGUGUAUCAUAAACGUGUGUAAAUUAAGUGUAUGCUGCCAAACUGAGAAUAACGCAUGACAAUGACAGUUAAUUUAAACCUCUCUGUAUUUAUAUCACUCAUAUCGUGUUUUUGUAUGUAUCUUAUUUUAUUGUAAAUGUUACACUCUAAGUUACAGAAAUGAGAAAGUUGUUUAUCUUUUUUAUUAUUAAUGUUAUUUCUGUACAGAUUAAUCAUGGUCAAAAUGCACUAUUAAAUGUAUUAAAACAGCAUGAAUGGCUUCCAUCUA